AUGAAUAAAUACAACAGUGGAGAAGACAGAAAUCAUUGGAAAGAUUGGAAAAAGGAAAAAUCGAAAAACCAGAUAGUGUCAGACGCAAUUGAAACAAACGUCAAAAUACAUGAGAAAUUUAAUUCUACAUUUGAUGAAUCUGGUGGGAGCUCUCUUCAAAAGCCUCUAAGGCUAAAACGGAAAUUGUCUAAGCGCGAAACAGGCAUAUCAUAUGAAUUUGUAGAUAACGACAAUAUAGAUGAUAUCGAAGAAUUUCAUGCAGAAAAGAAAUUAGAAGACCAUCGGAUUAUGAUGGAUUGGCACUCCUAUUCGAAGAGUCUAAAGAAGAUAUGA